GCCAAGAGUUGGCAUGCAUUAAACCAACUUUUACCCUUCGUCAGAUAGUUCUCUCGUUACUCCCCCGAUCCAGCAUCAGCAUAAACAAGUUAGAGUCACAGGUGUAAUGUCGACGGUUGUUGCGUCUUACACUCCUGCGAGCCGCUCGCCCGUGCUGCCGUCUUCCUCCGGCACGCCGGCUAGCCGUUCUUGGAGGCCGGCGGCAGCGGCCGCCUUCCCUAAUUCUCUUGCCGUCAAGUGCCGGCGGCCGUCGUCGUCGUCUGUGGUACGGGCUCACCCGGAGAAACAGCGGCCGGCGUACAGCAUUCCCCCCACCGCCCUGCUGUAUCCCGUGCAACCGCCGGACAGCAAGGAGCGGUGGGACAUCAAGGAGGAGGAGGACUACGUCAAGCUAUGGUUCCAGGUGCCCGGGCUGUCGGAGGACGACCUCGAGAUCACCGCCGGCGAGGACAUGCUCGAGAUCAAGAGGAAGGCUGGCACCAGGGCCGGCGGCCGCGGACACGACGAGGACGUGCACGGGGUGGGCUCCUUCCACGUCAAGCUGCUCAUGACCAAGGAAUACGACAGCAACGACGUCACCGCGGAGCUCAAGGCCGGCAUGCUGGAGAUUACCGUCGCCAAAUCCAAGAAGCGUAGCAUCAAACAAGUCGGAUUUGGGCAGAAAAGCCCGCCCCAGCCUGCUAAAAACCCAGGCCCGGCACCGCCCCAGCCUGCUAACAACCCAGGCCCGGCACCGGCCCCGGUUGUAGUAAGAACAGGGAAUAUCUCACCCAACAGCACGCUAACCCAAGAGAAGGCAGGCCCAAACAAAGCCCAAGGUGAUGGCUCCCCGAAGGCCACACCGAAAGGGGCCUAAGAUGACUCUGAUUGAAUAGAAAAAACAGAAGUCGCGGGUCCAGAACGAACUUCAGCGCGCUUUUCCCCUUUUCCUACUCAUUUCCCAUUUGUCCCUAAUAAACAAUCGUUUCCCAUUUUUGUUUGGCGAAAUAAGCAGCUUAUGUUUGAAAACAGUUGAUGCAUCGCUAGUUGUGGUGUC